CCAUGAAUCCGAAUCAGUACAUCUGGAUCCUCAAUGGAAUUUCCCUAAUGCUGAUAUCCGGAGCACUGGCCGGUAAACUUCUUGAUAAUGUGGCACUUAUGAAAGAAGCUUCCCAGUCUUCAGAGGGCAGCGACUUUGAUUCUGCUGGUGGGGCAGUCGAUGGGAACAAAGACCUGAAACCUGAAAAGAGAUCCUGUACCCUCAGCAAAGAAGAGUCUGAUCCUUGGUGGAGGGUAGACUUAGAGAAUGUGUACAAAAUAUCUGCUGUAACGAUAACCAACCGUGAUGUAAAUUCAAGCAGUCUGAACGGGGCUGAAAUCUGGAUUGGAAACUCAAUGGAGACUUAUGACAGCAAAAACGUCAGAUGUGCAGUCAUUUCUCACAUCCCGGGCGGACGCACAUUCUACUUUUCAUGCAGCGCUACAGAGGGACGCUACGUCACUGUUCUUCUCCCAGGAAGCAAGAAGGUUCUGAGUCUCUGUGAAGUUGAGGUGUUUCCUGUAAGCCAUGCAAAUCCUGUAUCCAACGAGGCACUGAAAGGAGAAGCCACACAGUCAUCAACGCUCUCUUUCGCCACUGCGUCCAAAGCCAUUGAUGGAAGACGAAACUCAUACUACACCAGUGGGUUUUGUAGCCACACUCUCGAGAACCAGACCGACCCGUGGUGGAGGGUGGACCUGCCAAAUACAUUUAUAAUCACAUCUGUCAAAGUCACAAACAGGGGAGACUGCUGUGCUGAGAGACUGGAUGGAGCAGAGAUCCGAAUCGGGAACUCACUGGAGAACAAUGGAAACAACAACCCCAGGUGUGCCUCCAUCUUCAAGAUCAGAGCGGGUAAAACCUACACUUACUACUGUGAUGGAGGCAGCAUGGAGGGGCGCUUUGUGAAUGUUAUUAUCCCCGGGAAUAUGAAGAUCCUCACCCUGUGUGAAGUGGAGGUGUAUGGUGCCCCAGCAGUGGAACCUCUACAAGACGUGGCCUUCGGGAAACCAACACACCAAUGUUGCGUUUGGUUCAAUGGGUUUUCUGUUAAUGCUGUCAGUGGACGUAGAGGUGGGAUUUAUGGUGCGGGACGCUGUAGCAGAGCCUCCUCUAUCAAUCCCUGGUGGAGAGUAGACUUGUUAGCUGAGCACAAUGUUAGUGCUGUCACCAUCACCAACAUACGAGACCGUUCGUCUUCCCAGAUUGAAGGGGCAGAGAUCUGGAUCGGUAACUCUCAGUCCAAAACCCCAAACACCAGAUGUGGUGAUAUCUCAUCGACUUCCUUAUCGUACACAUUCGACUGUGGCGGCAUGCAAGGUCGCUACGUCGUAGUGAGCAUUCAAGGACUUAAGACUUUGACACUGUGCGGAGUGGAGGUCUUUGCUACUCUGGCAGUGCCAGCAGUUGUCACUCCUCCUCCUCCUCCUCCUCAACCUCCCACUGUGAGCCUGAGGCUGGGUGGCAGGGAGGUGACGGUGGUGGGAGAGAGGCUCUGCUGGUCCGACGCUCUGCUCUACUGCAGGCGUCACCACUGGGAUCUGCUCAGCCUGCGCAGCCAGGAGGAGCAGAGCGAGGUGGGGGGGCUGCUGGGCCGCAGCUCUGUCCCCCUCACCGACUACGUCUGGCUGGGGCUGCGCAGAUACAUAAUGCAAGACACUUGGUUCUGGAUGUCUGGUGAUUCCAUGAAAUUCACCAAAUGGCCGCGAAACAUCGCCCCUCCCCGUAUCUCCAGCCCGUGCGGAGGCGUGGAUGGAGGAGGGCUCCAGCUGUGGGGGGACCGGCCAUGUGAGGAGCCCCUCAACUUCAUCUGCCAAUCAGGUGCUGAGCUGGGAGCAAAGAGAGUGUACUUCCACAGCAGCAACACAAGCCCUUAGUAAGGGACCAAACUAUUGGAAGCUGUGUUUUGAAGUUAGAAAUAGUGAUUUUAAACUUUCUGCACAUGUUGUAAGAAUAGAUUAGCUAACAGAGGUGUGGACUCAGGUCACAUAACUUGUACAGACGUCAGAAUUGAGUCACGAAUUUGAGGACUGAAGACUUGACUAAAUGAAAAAGACUUGCAAAUCGACUAUUGAUUUGUGAUUUUACUUGGACAUUCGCCUUUUGACUUGACAACACCAGAUAACUCCCUCCCAAAAAUGUAAGGAUGUCCUUAAAAAUGUGUCCCACAAGUAAUUCAUCUGAAUCCAGCAAUGUUUAUUUCAUCCCUUGCAAAUUAACACUCAAUUCAUAUGAUCCAUUUUUAAAACAAUCAGACAUCAUCCAAUCACGUAGCAAGAGAAAACCAUGAAGAACUUGCAAUUACUUUACUCAGCUGGACAAAUAUUCUAUCGAAGCUUUUGUUUGUGUUAAAAAACGAUACUGUAGUCAGCAAAAAACUAAUUGCACAAUGAAAUUGACAGAGAGUUCAUUAUGCCGUGUUUAGGAAUCGAAACUUUGGACAAUCUUGACUUGUGACUUGGUCCCACCUCUGGUCUCAACCACCUGGAUGCAUUCUUUUAAUGCUCUUCAUAUCAAACCUGUUAAGCCCCAAAGACCCCGUCGGCGGGUCCUUUUUUUCCCCACAAAUUAAAUUAUA